UCUGCGUAGAUGAAGGCAAUUAUAUGUGAAAUAAAAAAAGGGCUGGUUAUUUGCUGGAUAAAUGGGGAUCAAGGCUGGAGCGUAUGAACACAAUACAUUUGCAACUGAAAGAAAUGAAUGAAAUUGCAAAAAAUAAGGCUACCUGUAUUGUCAUAAAAACGUGAAAUAAAAGCAAUAUUGUUAUAUUAUUAUAGGAGAACAGUACGAGGAGGCUGCAAUUAUUCAUAACGUCUUUUUCCUAUGCACUGUGAAUAAGCUGUAUAAUCUGUUUGCUUAUGUGAGGCUGCUUUAGGUGACUUGUCAGCAAUUAUGGACACAGAAUCUUCCAACGGGAAAGAAGCCAUGGAUGGUGCAGGCGACAGCUCUGAGGCCAUGGACACUCGGACUGGAUCGGUGGACGAGGAGAACGGCAGGCAGCUGGGAGAGGUGGAGCUGCAGUGUGGAAUCUGUAUGAAGUGGUUUACAGCCGACACAUUCAGCAUUGACACUGCAACCUGCCUUCCCUUCAUGACAAACUAUGUUUUUCACUGCAACGUGUGUCAUCACAGCGGCAAUACCUAUUUCCUAAGGAAACAAGCCAACCUGAAGGAGAUGUGCCUUACGGCUCUUGCCAACUUGACGUGGCGCUCCAGGAAUCAGGAGGAGCAUCCUAAAACCAUGUUUUCGAAAGACAAGGAUAUAAUCCCUUUUAUUGACAAGUACUGGGAAUGCAUGACCACCAGACAGAGACCUGGCAAAUUAACAUGGCCAAAUAACAUUGUAAAAACCAUGAGCAAGGAACGGGAUGUCUUUCUGGUUAAAGAGCACCCAGAUCCGGGAAGCAAAGACCCAGAGGAGGACUACCCAAAAUUUGGUCUCCUUGACCAGGAUCUAGGCAACAUUGGGCCUGCUUAUGACCAGAAACAGACUGCUUCCGUGACCACAGCAGGAGGCCUAAAUGGUGGAUCCUCUUUCGCAGGUGGACUGGCGCCUGGAGGCACUGGGAAAGGCAGAGGAGCCAAACGCAAGCAGCAGGAUGGGAGCACAGCAGGAACAGCCAAGAGAACAAGAAGUGACCCCCUUUUUUCGGCUCAGCGCCUGCCCCCCCACGGGUACCCCCUGGAGCACCCCUUCAACAAGGAUGGGUACCGCUACAUCCUGGCGGAGCCGGACCCCCACGCACCAGACCCUGAGAAAUUGGAACUGGACUGCUGGGCAGGGAAGCCCAUCCCUGGGGACCUGUACAGAGCCUGCCUAUAUGAGCGUGUGCUGCUGGCCCUGCAUGACAGAGCACCUCAGUUGAAGAUCUCGGACGAUCGGCUGACCGUGACUGGAGAGAAAGGCUACUCCAUGGUUCGGGCGUCUCAUGGUGUUCGGAAAGGGUCCUGGUACUUUGAGGUCACCGUUGAUGAAAUGCCUCCAGACACUGCCUCUAGACUCGGCUGGUCACAGCCUUUGGGUAAUCUGCAGGCACCACUGGGCUAUGACAAGUUCAGCUAUUCCUGGCGCAGUAAGAAAGGUACAAAGUUUCACCAGUCCAACGGCAAGCACUACUCGGAUGGGUACGGCCAGGGGGAUACCCUGGGGUUUUACAUCUGUCUCCGUGAUGGCACAGAGACUGCCAAGGCCCUCCCAGACACUUACAAAGAUAAGGCCUUGAUUAAAUUCAAAAGCUACUUGUAUUUUGAGGAAAAGGACUUUGUAGAUAAAGCAGAGAAGAGCCUCAAACCAAUGAGCUCCAGCAAAAUGAUAUUUUUUAGGAAUGGUGUUAGUCAAGGAGUUGCGUUCGAAGACCUAUUUGAAGGAAUUUACUUCCCUGCCAUCUCCUUGUAUAAAAGCUGCACUGUGUCUGUAAAUUUUGGACCGCAUUUUAAGUACCCUCCAAAGGACGUCGCAUACCAACCAAUGAGCGACAUGGGCUGGGGCGCAGUGAUCGACCACACUCUGGCGGACAUACUGUAUCACGUGGAGACCGAAGUGGACGGCCGCCGUAGCCCUCCCUGGGAGCCCUGAACCCUGAGUUGACGUCUGAAACCUCUGGACACCUUCCUGCUGCUCUGUACUGAGACCUAUCUAAACCAGCAGGCUGACCACGAACAAGUGUACCAGGGAACAACAAGCAUUGUAACACAACACAUUCAAAUAGUACUUUUGAAUUGGGGAUAUGACGCACAAAGCCUUGUCAAAUAUGUAUGUGCUGCUCCAAAAUGAAACAAAGGUUUGGAAUGUGAGUCAACCUAAAACCCAUAGUUAAUUUUCCGUAUUUUUUAUAUAUUGCACAUUAGAAAGUGUAGUCCCAGGCUUUCAAUUCCAUUCCCUACCUUUUGUCUUCAGUACCUCCUUUAUCAUUGUGAAGUUGAACUUUUAAUUUGAUACAUUUUCACAGUGAAGUCAUAAAGAUAUUGAAACCCUCAUUUCUGCUUGCUAUUCAAUUUAUUUCUAACUGGAAAAGGACUUCCUGUUUUUACUGAAACUGUGGGAUGAUUAAUGUCGUUUUAAGCGAGUGUUGGAUAACAAAUACCAGCUCUAUGCUUAUUUGAAAAUUAAGGAAAUAUAUAAGAAAUUCAAAGUUGAAAUGGGGGUUAUUGAAAAUGAUAAUGAAGCUGUUGUAAUUAAAGGAAGAAAAAUUAGUAUGUAGUGUCUCCGGUAUCCUUAAAUCCGCCAAGGUCAUGAUAUGCGGCUACCAGAUGCAAAUAAACCAAAACAAUUGCUUGGUUUAGGCUAAACCUGUGUCUCUGGAACCCAAAAUGCUUCCCUCCAUUGUAGCAGAACAGAUCACAUCUGGUGUAGGCACAAUUGGGACUAAAACCCUGGGUAGCAGAAUAAUUCUAAUUACCAGGGAUAAAUGGGUAACAACUCUUACCUUAUAUUAUUAUAAUAUUAUCACAAAUCAUUUAGCUGUGUGAGACCAGGUGGAGUUCAAAUACCAGCUGCACAGGAAGUUAAUUUAGGCAAAACGAUCUACAGUAAAAAAAAACAUUGAGCUAAUAAAAGGUAAGAUACUUUUAAAUGUGAACAAUCUUAUGUACAGUAUUGCCUUUUUCAAAACAUGGUGCUGCGUGCUAACACUGUAAAUUUGUUUUUUUCAAUUUUAAAGUCUACCAAUUUUUUUCAAAGUUUGGGCAGCUACUUUCCUUUUCACUCUGGUUCUUUUAUUUUUCUGUUAUUUGACUGGCAAGCCUGAAUUAUGAUUCCAUGUAACUUUUGUUAACCAGUUCCAUAUUUUUGAGCAGGAGCUCUGGUGUGUGUUCAAUCUUGUGUCUUUGCUUCAUAUUCUGUGUUGACCAUUUUGGCUAACCAGUUGCCUCCUGUAUAUAAAGGCUGCAGCAUCAUAGUCCCAAUCAUUUUAGGAGUAAAAUACCUUAAGUUACCUAAGGUUUAGCUUUUUUAUUAUUUUGUAUUGAAACUGGUUUUAAAUAAACUGUUUGAAAAGCAAAAUAA